GAAAUCUAAAACAUCAAAAAUUGGAAUAAAAAAGUGUAAACGAUCUCUACUCUGUACUGUAACUAUUGUUUUGAAACAAUUUAUCGGCGUUUAUUACGUAAAUAAAUAAAUAAAUUACAGCAAGAUGAGUUCGUACAUGACAAUCGAACUCCCAUUAACAUCUUUAAAACGGUAGAAAACGUUAAUCAAUCACAAAAAUCGCGAUGUAAUCAGAUUUAUAAAACACUCAAAACAAAACAAAUUUUAAAUUAAUUUCUAAUAUGUUACCAGUUUUGAUGUACAAUAACAUGGAGGGCUGUUCGAAUAACGUGAAUGAGCAUAAUACUAAUUACGGGCAAAUAUACGACGAGAAUGUAAUAUUAAAUAGUGUUAGAAGUAGAAAAAAAGUUAGUGAAUUACCGAAUUGUCCGGUGUGUAGUUGUACCGUGCGUCAAGGUGAAUUGGAACAUCAUUUAGAUUUGGAAUUAGCUAGGCUCAACAAACUCACCGGCAGUGCUUCGAAAAGGAAAUUAAGUGUAAAUAGUGUUAGUAACAAUGUUAAUGCAGCUGUUCCCGGAUCCAGUACAAACGUUGAACUUGAUGAAGGUAUCGAUGUCACAGGGUGUCCCGGCAGCGAUGUUUACCAGGAUUUCAAUAUUUAUCUGCAGCGAGUACACGCGAACCGCCUCCGCCGUCUCCGGGCUCGUCGGAGAAGCACUCCUCCCCCACAAAAUGGAGAGUGUCCUGUUUGCAAUACAACCUUACCAACCUCCAAACUACAGAGGCACGCCUUGAGGUGCCUCAAGAGAACAGGAGCAGAGAUGGAUGAAGACAUACCUGAUACCAGCUCGGAGGAGGGCAGCAUCGACGUAGAAAAUGACGAACCUUCAGCCAGCGGGUUUGGUGCUGAAUACCAGUGGUGCGGUGAGUGGAGGGUCAGAGCGACGGCUCUGCAGGAUGCGGAUUCAAGGGCAGCCACAUGUGUCCGUAGGGCUUCCAAUGAUCAAGCGCUGGUGGUGGAUGGUGAUGAAGACACAGAGCUGUAUGGACCGCCGCAGUAUUCUCCGUCUCGGAUAGCACCCGAUGAUGAACAUCAAACGAACGAAGAUCAGACUGAUAUGCAAACAACCAAUGAAACUGAGACUGAAGAUAGAAUUGAAGAGCCAACUCCCAAAUGCAACGGCUUAGUGGAAGCCAGCGCUGAGACAAGGAUCCAGGCUUUAAAGGCGAAAAUAAAGGAUAUGGAGAAGAAACAGAACGGUGCCGCAGAGUCAAAGUGUCUUAUAUGUCUCGGGUCAUACGUGUCUCCGGCCGUCUCAAUACAGUGCUGGCAUGUCUACUGUGAGGUCUGCUGGCUGGAGUCGUUGAAAGCCAAGAAGAUAUGUCCGCAGUGCAACGCCAUCACCACCGCUCAGCAUCUGAGAAGGAUAUACAUGUGAACUGAACUGUGACGGAUGACCUGGGAAUGUUUAGAAGAGACAGAAGGCUUUCUUCGAAGGGCUCUUCAGGUCUACUGUGUCCGUGACUGAUCUGGCGAGACAGUGGUGCUGUAUUUGACGCCCCUGACUGCAGAGCUGAGGGUCGUGGUUUUGAUUCCCACAUCGGGCAAACACUUCAAUGAUGAACAACUUUGUUUUUAUUGCUGGUCUGGGUGUUCCUAAUGUAUCUAUACCUAGUUUGAGAUCAGAUGACUGAAUGAUUUGUAGUCUCCUUCGGUUAUAAGUCCAUACAGACCGGUGUAUUGUGUGUCUUUGAUGAAUAAUGUUCAGUGCAGUGCCCCGAGCCUUUGAGGUCGGCAUGUCGGGCAAGAGUUAGCAGCGAAUGGCACGAAUGAACUCCGGCUUAAAUUGCUCCGGCUUAAAACAAAUGAUUCUCGUAUAUUAGAAGUCAUGGCCUAAAGGAUAAGACGUCCGGUGCAUUCGUAUGUAGCGAUGCACCGGUGUUCGAAUCCCGCAGGCGGGUACCAAUUUUUCUAGUGAAAUACACGUACUUUUUUUUAGAUGAGUGGACGAACUCACAGCCUACCUGGUGCAAAGUGGUUACCAGAUCCCAUAGACAUCUACAACGUAAAUAUGCCACCCACCUUGAGAUAUAAGUUCUAAGGUCAAGACAAAAUAAAACAAAUCAUACAACUUGACUCAUCGCGUUCCCGCCAAAAAGUCCCCGUGUAGUUGCAGUAUAGAUAACCUAGAUACCGACUGCCGCGCCAUCUGCCGGGCUGAUUUGUGAAUCUAAACCGUCCAGGGCACCACAGAAACGCAUACAAAAAAAAAAAUUCAAAUCAAUCCAGCCGUUUAUGAGGAGUUCAGUGACUUUUUUUUUAUUGCUUAGAUUGGUGGACGUGCUCACAGCCAACCUGGUGUUAAGUGGUUACUGGAGCCCAUAGACAUCCACAGCGUAAAUGCGCCACCCACCUUGAGAUAUAAGUUCUUAGGUCUCAAGUAUAGUUACAACAGUUGCCCCACCCUUCAAACCGAAACGCAUUACUGCUUCACGGCAGAAUUAGGCAGGGUGGUGGUACCUACCCGCACGGACUCCCAAGAGGGUCCUACCACCAGGAAACCAUACCAUACACACGUACAGUAAAAUUAUAUAAUUAUAUAUAUAAAGAUGGUUAAUAAGCAUCCAUUUUUAUUAUUACGCAUGUAAACUUCGAGAGACAGUAAACUAACAAUCUUCUGGUUGAGUAGAAAAUUCCUGUAAAUCAUGGAGAUUAUUUCAUUUCAUUAUUACAUUUCAUGUUUUCUUGAUGAAACACUAAAUGAAGAUUUGGCUCAAAGGACUUGAUCCAGUAAAUAAUUUAAAAAAAAGUCGUUUAACCAUAGAUUUUGUUCAAUGCAAAUGUUUUUUUUUUUUUUCGAAUCAUGUGAAAGACUUGUUAUGAUAAAUGAUUAGAUUUAAAUAAAAAACUAAAGAAUUGUAAAAGGAAUGCCUUCUGUAAAGAUUGUACAAUAAAUAAUAUUACGUUUUAGUAUGAAGUUAGUGUUAAGUGUAAAUAAAGAUAUUUUUUUUGUA